CUCAAAUCCCAGAAACAUCUGCCUCCUGCUGAAGAGUCGGCUAAAGAGGGAAAAACCUGUGCUGAGGAAACACAGUGAAAACCAGAGAGAAAGAAAGAGUGAAUGGGGAAAAAGGAAGGAUGAGGCCUCCAUUCACAGCUGGGCUGCGCUAUAUAGAACACGUGUGGCGGAGAAAUAGCAUUUCCUGAGGGAGGAGAGAGGAUGGAGAGAGCGGUGAGAGAGAAAGAGAGCAACGAGAAGGAGGAAGCGAAAGAGGAAAGUGUGUGAAGACGGCCCAGGCAGUGAAAGAUGGAAGUAUGUUCUUUGUGGAGAAUUAUACAAAAGAGCUAAAGAGAUUUUUUUGAAACUUUCAUUUAGCAGAGGAAGCAACAAUGCCAGACUCAAACCUGGGAUUGAGUGGGUGCAGUAAGCCACAGGCAUGGCAUUGGUCCAGUCCCUUCCAGUGACUACUGACCACCAACCUCCAGGACUGGAGAGUCGAAGACAACGUUUGUCUCCUGUUUCACCACCCUCUCUAGGGGGCAUGGGUUCCGUAAGCAGUAUGAUCCCCAGCCACACCGCAUACCACGGUCGGAACAACUUGGAGGUCACGGCUCAGAUUCGCCGAGGAGUAGCAGGCUCGGGACGGCUCCACUCCGAGUCCUCUCGUGAAGGAAUCUAUGUAAGUCAAACACCAUCAAGCAAGAGGAAGGCCAUUGCAGCUCGAGGUAAAGGAAUUGGCGGACGAUCCUAUUCACAUGAGGAUUUGAUCACUGACUGGAAUGAUAACUGGUUGCAUUUAAGCCAGAAUGGAGGGGAGAUGGGCGUGGAUGGGCCUCCUAAAUUGGUACCUGUUUCUGGACAGUUAGAGAGGAAUGUACAGCAGGCCAUCAUCCGACCAACAGCGUUCAAGCCUGUGGUGCCAAAGAGUAGAAAUGCUAUGCAGUAUCUCUCGCCACAGCUAGGAGGCUUAUCAGGGAGCCAGGGCAAUCUCAGCGUACUCUCUCCAGAACAAGACGUCAACCCGGUAACCACAGAACGACGCAGCUCCUACAGUGGGGCUCGAAAUGGUUUGUUCAGCCAGUCCUUUACCAUGACAGACUCAGGCCGGAACUCAUUAACUAACCUGAAUGCAUACAAUGGCCCAGUUUAUAGUUCGAACCAAACAGAAGCUAGCAAGCCUGUGCUUAACCAUGGGCACUCUAAUUCAGACAGUGGACGUUCAUCUUCUAGCAAAAGCACGGGAUCUCUUGGAAGUCGCAGUCAACCAGGUAUAUCAGACUUGGGAUCAGGUGGACCCUCUCCUCCACCAAUAGAGGCUUAUGAGGCCAUUGUGAGAGACUUGGAGGAAAAAUUAAGAGAGAGAGAGCUGGAGUUGCAGCACUUACGAGAAAACCUGGAUGAGAAUGAGGUAGCUAUUUGUCAGGUGUAUGAAGAGAAGCAGAAGCGCAGUGAGCUGGAGAUGGAAGAAUUGCGACAGAGCUGUGCCACUAAAAUGCAGAAGGCAUCACAGAAGGCCCAGCGGGCACAGCAACUCCUUCAGUUCCAGGUCUUCCAGCUUCAGCAGGAGAAAAAGAAGCUACAUGAUGACUUUACACAAGUCUUGCAGGAACGGGAGAGGUUUGAGGAACGCUGUGCUUCCUUUGAACGGGAACACACACAACUGGGACCCAGACUGGAAGAGACCAAAUGGGAGGUGUGUCAGAAGACAGGCGAGAUCUCUUUGCUAAAGCAGCAGCUGAAGGACUUGCAGACAGACCUGUCUCAGCGAGUAGGAGAGGUGGUGACACUACGAGGACAGUUGCGUGAAGUGCGGACUGAGCUUCAGAACUGCCAGAGCCAACUACAGGAGGCACAUACACACACACGUACCCGUGCCCUCGAGCUGGAGGUGUGUGAGAACGAGCUGCAACGGCGCAAAAGCGAGAACGAGCUGCUGCGAGAGAAAAUGAGCCGUCUGGAAGAGGAGUUACUGCGACUCCGACAGGCUUUGAACGAGUAUGCUGAGGCUCCGCCCCUCAUGCAGGAACCAGGCUACAGAGGAGGAGGGGGAGGAGCUGGGGGUGGUACAAGUAUCGAGGAGCAAAGGUUGGCAAGUGAUGGGGAGGAGGUCAAAGGUCAGCGUGAGGGUUCCAGGCAUCAGGUGGAAAGGAUGAAAGGUGAGCUGGCUCGCCAGAGGCAAUUGGUCGAAGAUCAGGCGGCGGCAUUUGAGAACGAGCGCCACUGCUGGGAGGAAGAGAAGGACAAAGUUAUUCGUUAUCAGAAGCAGCUGCAGCAAAACUAUGUUCAGAUGUACCGCCGCAAUCGUGAGCUGGAGGCAGCCCUACGUGAGCUUAGCCUCGAGUUGGAGAAACGAGAACAGGACGACGAGAGCAGCGGCAAUGAGGUCACCUUUGACGAUGUUGCUGCAACCGAGAUAUAACACAAUAGAACGAAUUCGAGUUGGUCAUACCUUUUAUUUUCAUAGCCAAAUACAGCUUUAUUUCCUCACUGGUUGAAAACACACAUGCACAGGACUCAAUAAACUCAAAAGAAGAUUUGGAUGAAGAAUAGUAAUAGUUUUUUCUUUUACCUGUAUUUUGACAAAUCUCACCGUUGGCCCAAGGAUUGACUAGACAAAUGUAGAAAUAUCCAUUAUGAGAGAUCCCUCAGAAUAUUGGUUGGGGAGAGGUAAUGCUUCUCCUUUGCUUCUCAAAAUCUGUUUUUGCUUUUAUAUCCAAAGUCAUUCACGAAUGACUUCCUGAUUAUACAAUUCAAAUUUAAAGUUCCUUUUUCUAGUCAGGGUCUCGGUGGAGCCGAAACCAAACCCAGGAACACCAAGAAGUUCUUUAAAUGGUCUACAAGCUUACCCAUUGCCUAUUCUUAGUUAUUGUCGAUAUUUAAGGAUUUCCCAAUCCUUCCCAGGUCCCAAUACAUUAACUAAAAUCAUCUUCUCUUUAGAUAUGUGUAAUUAAAUCAUUUUAACCCUUUCAAUCUAAUCAACACAAUGACCUGGGAAUCAUCUCUGCAAUCUAAUACUAAAUAUUUGUGACCAUAUUUAUUGUGUUAAAUAGAAUAAUAAACUUUAAAAUAGGUUAUUUUGACCUAAAGCAAUCUGCCUUUCCAGUGCUACACUAUCAUACUGAACAUCCAUUCACAUAUACAGGACCCUGAAGAGGUCAUUAAAGGUUUGUAUUUUAUAUUUUUAGGUCAUAAAUAUGUCACAUAUAAUGUGACUAUAAUAGUGUACGCUAAAUUAUCUCGAAAUCUUGGGCACAAAGGGUAAAGUUCAAGGUUUUCCGUCUCAUAUUUCUACCUUCUAUCUGCUUUCACAUGCUGUCAUGAGACUAGUUGUACUUGCCACGUCUGUUUUCAUGCUUAAUGCCGUCAUCCUCGUAUAGAGUUUGAAACUCAAAUUUAUGCCAAUUUAAUACGUAAUUGUCAAAUGGUGUCUCAGGAGACAUCACUUCAGCAAUGUACAACUGCUUUGUUUGACCUUCGAAUGUUUUAGAGUUAAUGCAAGAGUCACUUAAGUGCACUUUGGGUGUGUGAAGAGAGGGUGUGAUGCUAGUGUUUAUUCCACAGUAUCAGCUGAGAUCUUCAUCUCAUGAAGACAUAGCAAAAAGCAACUAAAUUUAAAGAAAAAAAGUAAAAGCUUAGCAUUCCCAAACAAAAGAUGUACAGUACCUUUAAAAAAACAGGUACUCAUGUAUUCUUUACAUAAUUGAGGAUUUUUUUUAUUCAUAAAAAUGUUUUAUCUGGCUCUGUUUGGAAAUACUUAGUUGGUUUCUACUUUUCAGCUUUUUCUCACAGGGACAAACUGAAAAACUAUUUAGCAGGGGUGGACAAAUCAGUGACCUAGGACUAGAACUUUUAAUGUUAGACGAGUAGGUUGGAAUUAAAACUAAAACAGCGUAGUCUUGAUCGUCUUACUCUAAACAAAAACCAUCAAAUGCAAUCAGUUCACAUUUUAGAUUUUAUGGGAGAGACACAAUUCGGAUUUGAAUAGUAGAUUUAAUGUUUAGGUGUGAAACAUUGGCUAAUGAUUUGCUGACUUUCUAGUCAAGUCCAAAACGUACUUGAUUACAUGCUUUAUUUAAUUUAACUUAGUUGCCACAUCAUGCCUUAUUAGAAAGAAAGAACUCUAUAUACACAUUAAAAGUACCUCUACACACACUAACCAGAACUUAAGUACAGUGUUCUGUACUUAAGUUUUAAUAUGUUUAAUUUAUACAGCGCCUUUCCCAAGCUCAAGAAAGCAUCACAAUAAAGAAUAAGAAUAUAUGGCCAAAAAUAGUCAAUCCUAUGGACUUGGACAUUUGCCCAGACCAGAACAAAAGCCAAUGCAGUUGCAUGUAACAGUUCUAUCAAAUUGUAAAAGCCAUUAAAUCCAUAACAAAUAACACAGAACAUUGUAUAGAUAGCUUAGAAAGCAUAGGCAAUACAAGCAUGGAAACACAAAAACAGUACAUGGAACAAACACACUAAUGACUGGUAAUACUGAGAGAAUAAAUAGGUUUUAAGAUUAUUAUUUAUAGAUAGAACUGGUUGUCCGAAGUUCCAGGAUGAGUGAGUACAAGUGGUGUUUCCAAGCAACCGAAUCAUAAAUCAGUGAUUUUAAGAUAUGUCUAUUCCUGUUUUUAGGAUUCUAGAUGAAACAUUUUGUCUAACAGUUUGGUAAAUAAAAUAUAAAUUAUAUGGGUAUAAUAUGGUCCAAAAGUCUGAGUCCACUAGCAGAAAUUACACACGUAGACAUUGUGCAGUCAAUGUUAUUACUUCAAGUAGAACCUGACUCAAAUAUUCCAGGAGGAUAUGAUGUUUCACUUCAGGUAAAAAAAAAUUGAGCAAAUGUCUCACUCUGUUUGAAAACAAUGAACCAACAAGCAAUUCCUUCAAACGAUAUAUGCAUAUACUGCACAUACAGUAUGUCAAUUUCUAAUAGCUUGAAUAAACAAAAUGCUUCAUUCUAAAACCUUAAACCUAAAACUAAAAAGCUUUUCUGUCUGAAAGCCAAAGAGUGUUUUCUGCAUAAAAUUUGCAUCUGGCUCAGGAGUGGCAGGAGAAUCGGACAAAACCUGAUACAGUAUUGGAUGAAAUGACUUUAUUCAGGAACAUGGCCCAAUACAGGAAAGCAUUCAUACAUAACACAUGGAGAAGUAAAUUUUAUUUAUUUAUUUAUUUAUUUUUCUUCGAAAAGAAUUACUAUUGGAUGUUAUUUGAGAUAUUAGGAGGUAGACAUAAUUAACACUAACAAAAUAUGCAUACAUUUGGUAUGGUCAAAAAGUAAUAAGCAAAUGAUGUCAAUAUCAGAUAAUUUUUCAUGUUGAUUUAUGUUUAAUUAGUGUAGUGUAAUGCAAAUUAAUAAUAAUAUUAACAAUAAAGUAAAUAGAAACACAUAUCUCUUCUAAAUUUGUGGUGGCCUGGGAAAUCCAUUCCAUGGUGGAUUUUUGAUGUAUGUCCAUAUAUUAUAUAUGUACGAUGUUAAGUUCACCUCUUAAAGACUAAAUUCUUAUCCCAUGUAAAGUGAUCUGCAAUGAAAACUAAAUACUAUCCUGAAAUAGUUUCACUCUGGUUAGUUCUAAAAAUAAAAAAAUUGGAAAAAAUAUAUUUUAAGAUUCCUUUCUUACUGUGGCACAGGAGCGUCUUAGACAUUUUGACAGCACAUACCUAAUUAUAAGCCGUACAGGUUAGACUUAUGUCUGAUUUACUAUAGUGCAAAAAAUAGCAUUGACAGCUUGAUGAAAUCAAGGCAUUCACCGUGUGAUGAAAUCCAAUUUGGCUAGCGAGGUGUUAGGCAGCACAUGCAAGGUUAAUUUACAUAUAAAAACAGCAUCAUGCAAUUUUUCUGAAAUAUAUUUAUGAUGUAUAUAUUGCUUUUGGCUCAACCGUAGCAUAAAACAAAGAUGAUUUUUCUCCAGGCUACCACACCAAAAAAUAAGCAUAUGGUUUGGUAAUGAUGAAGGACGAUUUAACAGUAAAACUUUCUUUCGGCUUCUCCCAUUAGGGGUCGCCACAGCGGAUCAUCCGCAUGUUCGAUUUGGCACAUAUUUUAUGCUGGAUGCCCUUCCUAAUCCUCCCCAUUUAUCCUAGCUUGGGACCGGCACUAAGAGUGGCUGGGGUUGGUUCCCUGACCGGGGAUCGAACCCGGGCCACAGCGGUGAGAGCACCGCAUCCUAACCACUAGACCACCAGGGAACAAGGACGAUUAAACAGUACCGAACAUAAUUGUGGCAUGAAGCUGAAUGCUGGGUUACGCCAAUAAUUAAUAGUCAUUUAUGUAGAUUUAUUUUAAUCAGAUAUGGAAUAGACAUAAUUAACUCUAAUCACAAUUAAUACUUGUAUUUCUACUAAUUCUGACAUUCAUAGAUUGUUCGUGUUAAAUAUGUCAAAAUCUAUGAUAAAAAGUUAUUGCGAGUGGACUUCGACUUUGAACCUUUAUCUUAUGUAUAUUUGGCACCUAAAAAUAAUGAGAUAGAAAAUCAAGUUAAAUGUGUAUUUUCUCACUAAUUUCCCCAAAGAGGCCAUUUUAUAUACUGUGAUCCACAAAUAUGUUCUGCCAAAACUUUGUAUAUAUGUGUGUAUGUGUGUGUAUAUAUAAACUCUUAUUUUUCUUGUAAUGGUAAAAUUGACUCACCAUCAUAUAUAAGGUAUUUAACAUUAAGGAAUAAAAAUGAAAAAGCAUCAUUAAUUCAAUACUUGUAAUAUACCUGUAUAUGGGCACACUUUAGAUAUUUGGUAAUAUAUUGUUGUAUAAUAUAGUCACUGUGAGUAGACCAAAGCAUUGUCACGUACUUGACGUGGUUAUUUUGCCGUUAACGUGGUGAAAGUGUCAAAGUGUGUGUGCUAUAUACACAACUUUUUAAAAAAAACUAUUACAGUAUUUGUAUAAAGCUAUGAUACUGUAUUUUAAUGCUGUACAUUUCUGACUGUUUUUAAUUAAAAUAAAUAAAAUAAAAUAUCUGGCAAAUAAA